AUGGAAUCCGAUUCUUCUCCAGACACGCCAGCCACGCAGUGGACACUUUCUGACAAUGAAUUAAGCCUGAUGGCAAAGGAGAUACACCAGGAUAUACUGGUCACCGGCGGUCUAGGCUUCAUCGGUAGCCACACGACGCUCGAGCUGCUCAAAGCCGGGUAUAAUGUGAUAGUGAUCGACAACCUGAGCAACGCCUACGAAGACGUCCUUGCCCGCAUUGAAGCCCUCGCCUCCAGGUACCACGAGGAAAAGGGAACCCAGAUGCCCGCCCUGCGUCUGCAUGCCCAUGACUACCGCGACACGGCUCGUCUCCGACCUCUGCUGGAUGAGUACGUCCUCGCAUCGCGAUGGGGGAAGAGCCCCCAGUCGACGAUUGCCGGGGUGAUUCACUUUGCCGCCUUGAAGUGUGUGGAGGAGAGCAUCAGGCACCCGCUGAGAUACUAUGCCAACAACGUCGGCGGGCUGAUUGAGUUCCUCUCCCUGCUGAGUGAGUAUGGCAUCAAGCGGUUUAUCUUUUCGUCAUCUGCGACGGUGUACGGAGCAGCCGCCGGGGAUCUCCCCCUUACGGAAGAGCGCUGUGCUCACCAAGUAGAUGGAGAGGAGAAAGAAGGGGGGGAGCAGAAAGGGUGCGCCGGCAUCACGAAUCCAUACGGACGCACCAAGUGGAUGUGUGAAGCCCUGCUGGCAGACCUUGCCGUGUCGGAUCCCGAAUGGACGAUUGUCGCCCUGCGGUAUUUCAAUCCGAUCGGAUGCGAUUCUUCGGGCCUCCUGGGCGAAGACCCCAGACAGCCGCCUUGUAAUCUUUUCCCCGUCAUUGUCAAGGUCAUCACCGGUCAGGCGCAAGAAGUGCAAGUCUUCGGAACCGACUGGGACACGGCGGAUGGCACGGCCGUCCGCGACUUCAUCCAUGUCUCCGAUCUCGCCAGGGGACACAUUGCCGCCCUCAAUGCCGCCACGGCAGGGAGCAGCACCACCCUGAAGGGGCCCUUUCGGGCCUUUAAUCUGGGCACUGGACGAGGCCAUUCCGUGCUGCAGGUUCUCUCCGCCAUGGAAGCGGUGGCGUGUAGACCCAUCCCACGACGAGCAGCUGCCCGGCGUGCUGGAGACGUUGGAUCUUGUGUUGCGGUGGCCACUCGGGCUAAUGAGGAGCUGCAAUGGGAGUCUCAGAAGUCGCUGCGAGAUGCGUGUGUAGAUAGUAACCCUAACCCUAACCCUAAACCCUAA